AUGCCUGCAGUUGACUCACAACCCCCCAUUGAGCUGUCCGAGGACGUUCGAGUACUCGGAUACGACCCUUUGAUCCCUCCUGCCCUCCUCCAAACUGAGAUUCCUCAAUCACAAGAGUCCAUCUAUACCGUUGCAAGAGGUCGACAAGAAGCCAAAGAAAUCAUUCACCAACGGGAUGAUCGUCUACUUGUCAUGGUUGGUCCAUGCUCCAUUCAUGAUCCUGCCACCGCUCUAGAAUAUGCUGCUCGUCUAAAAGAGCUAUCCACCAAACUGUCCAAAGAUCUGUGUAUCAUAAUGCGUGCCUACCUCGAGAAGCCAAGAACGACCGUGGGUUGGAAAGGUCUGAUCAACGAUCCUGACAUCGAUGAAUCCUACAAGAUCAACAAAGGCCUCCGUGUCUCAAGACAACUCUAUGCCGAUUUGACUGGUAUGGGCAUGCCAAUUGCCAGUGAAAUGCUAGAUACCAUCUCCCCACAGUUUCUUGCAGAUCUCAUCUCUUUAGGUGCAAUUGGUGCUCGCACUACCGAGUCUCAACUACACCGUGAAUUGGCAUCCGGUCUAUCUUUCCCAAUGGGCUUCAAAAAUGGUACAGAUGGUUCCUUGAGCGUAGCAAUCGAUGCUGUUGGUGCUGCCGCUGCGAAACAUUACUUUAUGGGUGUCACCAAGAAUGGUCUUGCUGCCAUCACAAGAACAAGUGGUAACGAAGAUGGUUUCGUCAUUCUACGCGGUGGCUCCAGCGGUACCAACUUCGACUCUGAGAGUGUCAAAGCUGCUCGAGAAGCCUUGAGAAAGAAGGGUCAAAGGGAAGUCAUGAUGAUCGAUUGCUCCCACGGAAAUUCCAAGAAGGAUCACAAAAACCAGCCAGGUGUUGCACAGACCAUUGGAGAUCAGCUUAGACAGGGAGAGGAUGCCAUCGUGGCUGUCAUGAUCGAAUCAAACAUCAACGAGGGUAACCAGAAGCUUCCUGCCGAGGGUGGUCUUGCGAGUUUGAAGAAGGGUGUCAGUAUCACCGAUGCAUGCAUUCACUGGGAAUCGACUGUUGAAGUUUUAGAGCAGCUCGCUGAUGCUGUCAGAGUCAGGAGAGAAGUCAAGGCCAAGGCACAGAAUGGAAACACCAAUGGCAUCAACGGACAGCAUUGA